CUCAAUCCCUCGUUUUGAUGGUUAUCACUAUGACCACUGGAGUAUGUUGAUGGAGAAUUUUCUCCGCUCCAAAGAGUAUUGGAUAGUUGUUGAAGUUGGAGUUUCAGAACCAAUGGUAGGUGCAGAUGCUGCACAGAGGGCAAAAAUUGAGAAGGAAAAGUUGAAGGAUCUCAAGGCUAAGAAUUAUUUGUUCCAAGCCAUAGAUCAAUCUAUCUUGGAAACAAUUCUUAACAAGUUUACUUCCAAGACUAUUUGGGAUUCCAUGAAGAAGAAGUACCAAGGGAAUGAAAGAGCAAAACGGCAGCAAUGCCAGGCUUUGCCGGCAAAAUUCGAAAGGGCUGUAGGUCGAGGAAAAGGAAACUGGAAGGAUGGAUCAAGAUCUGGCAAACCGAGAUCUGACAGACUAGAGAAAAGUUCAGCCACUGGAAAUCAAAAGAGGUGGCAGAAUAGAAAUUAUCAAGUUGCAAAUAACAGAUCCAAAUCUGUAAGAAUGGCAAAUAUUGAGUGCUUCAAAUGUCAUAAGUAUGGCCAUUAUCGUUUUGAGUGUCAUGCUAAUUUGAAUAGAGGAGAAAGUUCCAAUUUUGUAGAACACAAUGAGAAGAAUGAUGAUUCCUCUCUAUUCAUGGUCUGUCAUCCUAAAGAAGUUAGCAAGAAGAAUGUGUGGUAUCUGGAUACUGGCUGCAGCAACCACAUGUGUGGAGACAAAUCUGCGUUUUCAGAUCUGGAUGAGUCUUUUCAAGACAAGGUGAAAUUUGCUGAUAAUUUCACUAUUGUAGUCAAGGGAAGGGGAAAGGAGAAAGGAUACGAAAUCCUAAUUAAAGAUGGAGUUUGCCAAGUUCUUGAUUCAAAGCUUGGCUUGAUUGCAAAGGUUAAGAUGACAGGAAAUAGUAAGCAGCAUCGUGACAGCUUUCCUAAAGAUAGAUCUUGGAGAGCAAAGCGGGUGCUAGAUCUUGUUCAUUCUGAUUUGUGUGGAACUAUAUAUCCAACAUCCAAUGGAGAUUUCGAAAAUGGAGAAGAUCUAACUGUGCAGAACUCAAAAGGUCAGACACAACAGACUGGAGGUUUAACUUCUGCAGAUCUCGAAGUUUCAAGACUGACAACUAAAGAAAGUUUGCAUGCAGAAGUAAAGCUCAGUACUGGAGAAAGUUUGUUGAUAAUUCCAGAGCUGGAAUCUGGAACUAGUUCACGACCUCAACUCAAAAAGAGAAGACCAGCAUGGUUGGAGGAUUAUGAGGUAACAAAUCUACCUCAAGAUGAUGUUCUAGUCACUCAUUUUGCUUUAUUUGCAAAUUGUGAUCCAUUGACAUAUAAAGAGGCGUUAAAGAAGAAAAGUGGCAAAAAGCCAUGGCCAAAGAAAUUGGUUCUAUUGAAAGGAACUAGACUUGGGAUUGCAAGGAUGGACACCAUUAGAUUGGUGAUUGCAUUGGCAGCACAGAACUCAUGGUCGAAAAACCAGCUUGAUGUGAAAUCGGCCUUCUUUCAUGGAAAUCUGCAAGAACAAGUAUUUAUUGAUUCACCUCCUGGUUAUGUGAAAUUUGGUUUUGAGCAUAAGGUUUACAGAUUGAAGAAGGCAUUAUAUAGACUAAAACAAGCACCUAAAGCUUGGUAUAGUCGAAUUGAUGCUUAUUUCUUGAAGGAAGGUUUUCAAAAGUGCCCUUAUAAGCAUACACUUUACAUCAAAUUUGGAGAUGGAGGAUCUGGGGUAGUUUCGUGGUCUUCAAAGAAACAGCCCAUUGUGACUUUGUCCACAACAGAAGUAAAAUAUGUGGCAGCGACUUCUUGUGCUUGUCAAGCUAUUUGGUUAAGAAGAGUUCUUGAAGAACUUGAGAUGAAUCAACAUGAGGCCACUUCAAUUUAUUGUGAUAACAGUUUAGCUAUCAAGCUUUCUAGAAAUCCAGUUCUGCAUGGGAGAAGCAAGCAUAUACAUGUGAGAAUUCAGUUUGAGGAAGGGUCUACAGAUUCCAGAUUGCAGACAUGGUGUUUUCCAAAUUUUGUUAAACUGAAAUCUGAAGACUUUCAGUUUAAGGGAAGGAUUGUUGGAAAGUAGAUCUUGUUUUUUAGCUAUUAUCUGUUUUCUAGCCAUUAUCACUAUAAUUUAGGAAGUUUAAGUUGUUUAGGUUAUCAUUUAAAAUAUAUUAGAUAAGUUUGGUUAGUUAUCUUUUUAGAUAAAGUUAUCUUGUAAAG